AUGCUCGGCCGACUGGAGAUAGAUGUCGAUACAUCGAUCUCGCAUCUCGCAGCAGCAGUGUUUGGUAAGAAGCUACGCUCAAUCCCCACCAACUUCAAGGGUGAUAUCACAGCCAAGUUCGACUCGGAAAAGUUGGAGAGGGCGAUCCAAAAGGUUACCGAGGACAGUGGUGCAUCUGAGCAGGAUCCUUUCUACGAUGACACCGGUUCCAAAGAUGGCACUGCACGUGGAUGCAGGACUUAA